UUCUCGACGUGUCUCCCAAUCCGUCAGUCGACUUGGCGAGGUUAUGUGCACCACCGAGAUUAUCACCGAUAUCCACAAGUGCUUUAGAAUCACUGAGCAUUAUUGUUAAUUUUUUUUUCGCUGACUCGCAUUAAUUUAUUUAAGAUGAAAGUGACACUCGCUAUAGCCUGUGUCUUCCUCGGAUGUUGCUCCAAUGUUAUAUUUCUCGAACUUUUAGUCAAGGAAGAUCCAGGGAGUGGAAAUCUCAUUACAUUCGCACAAUUCCUUCUCAUCUCCCUCGAAGGAUUCAUAUUUACAUCGAAAUUUGGAACUGUCAAACCGAGGAUUGGAUUCAAGGACUACAUGAUUAUGGUCUUUAUGUUCUUCUUGGCUAGUGUGUGCAAUAAUUAUGCCUUUGAUUUCAAUAUUCCGAUGCCAUUGCACAUGAUUUUUCGAGCGGGAUCUCUCAUAGCUAAUAUGAUAAUGGGGAUAAUAAUUCUGAAUAAGAAGUACCCUCUGAGCAAAUACUUGUCAGUAUUAAUGAUAACAAUGGGAAUAGUCAUGUGCACAAUCGUCAGUGGACAAGAGAUUAAGUCGACUCAAAAAAUGGCAACUGGUGCAUCACCUCCGAGUCCUAUGGAAAAUCUCUUCUGGUGGAGUCUGGGAAUCACUUUGUUGACUGUUGCCUUGUUUAUUUCAGCGAGAAUGGGACUUUAUCAAGAAGUUUUGUACGUUAAAUACGGAAAACAUCCAAAGGAGGCUCUGUAUUACACACAUUUGUUACCACUGCCGUUCUUUUUGACGCUAGCCCCUAAUAUAUGGGACCACGCAAUACUAGCGGUGAAUUCAGAUCCAACUUCGGUUCUAGGCAUCACACUUCCAAAAACAGUGGCGUAUCUCAUCGGAAACGUUCUAUCGCAAUACAUGUGCAUCGCAUCAGUAUUCGUCCUCACAACAGAAUGCACAUCCCUAACAGUCACUCUGGUCGUGACACUUCGAAAAUUUGUGUCAUUGAUAUUCUCAAUUCUCUACUUCAGAAAUGAAUUCAGCCUAUACCACUGGAUCGGCACCAGUCUAGUCUUCUCCGGGACGAUAAUCUUCACCGAAGUGAUCCCGAAAUUACGAGAAAGUCUGUCUCCUCGAGCAGAUGACAAGAAAGUCAAGUGAAUAAAGCAAAAAUUGUAAAUACUUAAUUUUGUUAUGAAUUAACAAUCGAAGGUGAUGGAGAUUUAUUCCUCCACUGAAUGUGAUUGAGCAAUUUAUCAUUCCAUCUGAAAAUGUGGAGGAAUGCAACAGACAAAUUAGACCAAUUGAUUAAAGAUGAAAUGUUAAGUGAACAAACAUUUGACAAUUUUUAUUUUUCUCUUUGGAUCGAAAAAUUGAAUACGAAUUUCUUUUGUGAAUAUUUCGAGAUAAAUUGGGUUUAGAGAAUAUGUUAACAGUGAUUUUAUACGAAAUUUGAUUAUCCCUAAAAUUUUCUACUACUAUUUCCAUUCGAAUCCGUUUAGUUCCACUGGUAUUCGUAGAUCAACUUCUACAAAUGUUUUAAAUUCAUCGAAUCCCUACUUGUAAUCAAAGAAUGGAUUAAUUUUGACCAUAAAUAGUAUAAACCCGUCGUCGAAUUGUCUUCCUGCAUCACCAUCCACGACCUCCACACGUGCGUACACCUCCGAAGGUCCUGGAAUGAACAGAAACGCUAAUAAUCCAGUCUCAGGGUCAGCUGCAUAUUAUAUGACAGAAUAUAUGACAAAUGCGAUAAGAAAACAGUCGCAUCACAUAAAUUUAUAAUCUGGAAAAUCGUUUUCGAUCGGAAUACAGAAAAAAAAUCUGCAAACAAAUUGUUCAAAUAAAUGACACAAUUCAAUAACGAAGUAGUAAAACGAGAUAAAUCAUCUUUGACUAUUCACCAGUUUUUCCUAUGUAUCCCACAAUCUAGAGGUGAUAACAAAACUUUAAUUAUACCAUUAUUUGUGGAGUAAAUUGAGUAUUACAAUAAAUAUUAUUACAAAAAUUCCGCGAUCUCUCUUAGAUUCGGAGAUAUUGCUAAAAAACUGUACUCACAGAUGAGUCAACUUAUCUCAUUUUACCACUUCGUUGCUGAAUUAUUAUUUCAUUCUUCUAGUCAAAUUGAUUUUGAUCCAUCUCUAAAAUCAAAAAAGAAUUUUUGGGAAUAUUAAAAAUCUCCUAGUACGAAGGCCAAAAAUAAUUUCAAUGGUUCUCCAGGAUUUUUUGUUGAUCAGCACUAGUUAACAAUUUUUGUUUAUGAAUAUUGAUCGAUAUUAGUAAACCCUGAAGUAUAGAAAUAGUGACAAAAGCUCUGUGGAAUCUAAAAAAAGCACAAAAUCACCAGGUGUCAGAAUUAAAUCCUCAGCAUUAUGGAUUUGCCAUUCCUAUAAUAACCGACAUCUCCCCAAUAGUUCUAUUUAUUUACUCCCCUUCACUCUGCGGACAACAACCGAUUUCCACUCAACAACUCGAUUCAGUAGCUCCCGGUGCUCACAGAGGAAGAAGCAUGUAUUACAUCGUGAAACUCUAUCUGGUAAACAUUUCGAUUAUCCACGAAUAUAUCAUUGUUCUUCGAUAAGAGACAAUUCCGCUUGUUUUCUGGCGUUAGUGGUUGAUAAGGCCAUGAAUGAUGGAGGUGUUAUCAAUUUUCUCGGUUUGUUUGUAUCGAGAAAAUUCAUAGGAAACUAUUUUUGGAGGGUUUUUAUGAAUCCCCUGUUUUGUUUGGAAUUGUGACAGUCGGCGACGGAUUUUAUCAAGGGACAACACCCACCAGAAUGUGACAGGAUGGUCAAUGAAACCAGUCGACUACUGGAUGCUCCGGUUUUUGUGGAUCUUGGGAAUGGAAAGUAUCUCAGAACUGAUAUCAUUGGUGACUACGAUUACUACGCAGCGAACCCCCUCUGGAUAAAAAUUCGCCUCCUCUUAUUCUGGAUAUUUUGGGCAGCUCUGAUACUCGUGAUAAUUCUCUCAGUCUCCACGUACUUCUGCCUAGCUCCCAGUCUCUGCGAGUCCACGUCGAGACCGGCAAUCUAAUCGGCUUCACCUCCUCCACCUGCCUGAACUCAACUAUUUAUUCUCUUAUUAAAUGAGAGAAAAGUCUGAAAACGAAGAUGGAACAAGGGUGAAGAGUAGGUUUGAGAAUGAUAGACCAGUGCGUCACUCUCGUCGACUGAUAGCGAUUCAUAGCUGUGAAAAUAUUUGCCACUGACAACAUACCGAUACAAUUAUCGUUCGACACAUUGCGCACGUCUUUGUCCACACUUUUAAUUAAAUGGGAGCUAUUAAUAUUCUGUGGGGCAACAAAAAAAUUGAACACUUGCGAUUGUGGAUAUCAGUAAUUUAUUCUGAAGACAACUUAUGUGUUGGUGUAUGACUCCAUCUAAGAGUCGUGUGUAUUCAUAUAUACUAGUGGUUGAAGCAGCAUCGAUAAUCUCAUUAAAUUAUUUUUCAUUCCAUUUUGUUGCACUGUUUGUGAUGAAUAAAUUUCAUAUUUGUACGAAUGAA